CCGUCUCUGCUUCUUGAGAGCAGCCAUGGCGGGUUCUGUCAAUCCUUACUUCUCUGCUAAUUCAAAACCUUUCUUCUACCCAUACUGGAAGAAAUCCAGCCUUUUCGGUUUGGUUUUAAUAACCGUACUCUGUUCUCUGUCGUACCUUAUGGGUGUUUGGCAGAACAGUCGUGGCGGAAUCCUCACCUCUCGCCUUGUUAAUUCCGUGCCCUGUACUGACAUUGAGAGCAGAACCAAACCCAGAACCAAGUUGCCGUCAACUUCCCCUGCUUUGGAUUUCUCUACCCACCAUGCGGCCGAUGACUCUCCGAUGACGAUGGUCACGAAGCAGUACCCUCUCUGCGAUAUCAGGUACAGCGAGUACACACCAUGUGAGGAUCCCAAGAGAUCUUUGAAGUUUAAAAGGAAUAGGCUGAUCUAUAGAGAGAGACACUGCCCUCAGAGAGGAGAAUUGCUCAAAUGUCGUGUGCCUGCGCCGUUUGGGUACAAGAACCCUCUCCCAUGGCCGACGAGUCGUGAUUAUGCGUGGUAUGCAAACGCGCCUCACAAGGAAUUGACAGUGGAGAAGGCUGUCCAGAACUGGAUUCGAUACGAAGGAGAACGGUUCAAGUUUCCCGGUGGUGGUACCAUGUUCCCCAACGGUGCUGAUGCCUAUAUCGAUGAUAUCGGCAAGCUUAUCAAUCUCAAAGAUGGUUCCAUCAGAACCGCCAUUGACACUGGUUGUGGGGUUGCGAGCUGGGGAGCUUACCUUCUGUCACGCAACAUCUUAGCAAUGUCGUUCGCACCAAGGGACACCCAUGUAGCUCAGGUGCAAUUCGCACUCGAGCGAGGAGUUCCAGCGUUGAUCGGAGUAUUGGCUUCAAUUAGGCUUCCUUACCCAUCAAGGGCUUUCGACAUGGCUCACUGCUCUCGUUGCCUCAUUCCCUGGGGCCAAUUUGAUGGGCUCUACCUGAUUGAAGUCGAUCGAGUUCUCCGCCCUGGUGGGUAUUGGAUUCUUUCAGGUCCUCCUAUCAGAUGGAAAAAGUACUGGAAAGGGUGGGAAAGAACACAGGAAGACCUUGAGUCUGAGCAGUCACAGAUUGAGGCUGUAGCCAAGAGUCUUUGUUGGAAGAAAUUUAUAGAGAAGGGCGACAUUGCUAUCUGGCAGAAACCCACUAACCACAUUCACUGUAAAAAGAGUCGCAAGAUCAUCGGAAAGCCCCAGUUCUGUCCGGCUUCACAAGAUCCCGACAAGGCUUGGUAUACCAAUUUGGAGACUUGCAUAACCCCAUUACCAGAAGUAUCCGACAUUACAGAAGUCGCCGGUGGUCAACUGGCCAAGUGGCCGAAGAGAUUGAAUGCUAUUCCUCCCAGGAUUAGCAGUGGAAGUGUGAACGGAAUCACAGAGGAGAUGUUCAGAAAGGAUGCAGAGCUAUGGUCCAAGAGAGUUGGAUAUUACAAGUCUGUAAACAAUCAGCUUGGGCAGAAAGGAAGAUACCGGAAUUUGCUGGAUAUGAAUGCCUACUUGGGAGGUUUUGCAGCUCAACUUGUGGACCAACCAGUUUGGGUCAUGAACAUUGUUCCUGCAGAGGCGAAGAUCAACACACUCGGAGUCAUCUACGAACGUGGGUUGAUCGGAACUUAUCAGAAUUGGUGUGAAGCCAUGUCUACUUAUCCAAGGACUUACGAUCUAAUUCACGCUGAUUCUGUCUUUACCCUCUACGAGAACAGAUGUGAAAUGGAAGAUAUUCUGUUGGAGAUGGACAGGAUUCUUAGACCUGAAGGCUCUGUAAUCUUUAGAGACGAUGUAGAUGUUUUAGUAAAGGUGAAGAGUAUCAUAGAUGGAAUGAAUUGGGAUGGUCAAAUAAUUGACCAUGAAGAUGGCCCCCAUGUAAGGGAGAAACUUAUUUUUGCUGUGAAGUUAUAUUCGACAGCUCCACAGUCUAGCCCUGAUCAGGAGUCCAAGACUGCUUCUUAGGGUUUGGUUUUUUUUUUUUUGGGUGGGUUCUCUAAUUUGUAUUGUUCCAUAGUUCCAUUAUCAAUCUUUUUUUGGUACAAUUCUUUUAAAUGUGAUUUUGUCUAAACCAUGUUUUAUUGAUUGAUAGGGCUUAAUGCAAAUUUGUACAUGGAUUAG